AUGUCCCAGAAGGACCUGACGAACAAGAUCCUGGACGAUGCCGCCGUUCUUUUUAGAGAGCAUUACGGCGUCUGGGCCAGUGGCACAUUACUGGAGGGCCAACUCUCUGAUGUUUAUACUCCAGGAAAUCGUAUCAAGAUCAACCCGAAGCGACUUCGAGAUCGAUACUUACCUGGUCAUGCCGACUGCUCUUACACCAGAGCCCUCUUAGACGGUCGACUCGUAGGUCAUGCAAUAACAUGUCGAUGGGACUGGGAUGGGAAACGUGUCUGCUGGGUAACACAGCUGGUGGUUCACACGCAAUAUCGCAAUCAAGGCAUCGCAACCAGACUUCUGCGGCUAUCCAGGGCCGAUUCCGACGACAUCUAUGGUAUCCUGAGUUCGCACCCGUUCUCGUGUAUGGCUGCAGCCACCAGCUUUGGCGAUUCCAUUAUCAACCCGCCCCUUGACUUUACUCGUCAACAUGCCCAGGAGGUAUUGAAAGCCUCUCCGAUCGACUACGUUGCAGCUGCGGUCGUCAAGGGCUCUCUAUUUGGAAAUGAUUCCACCGACCUAGUUUCUGGCGCUGACACCCAAUUCUUCAUCAGCCACGAAGAACCUGAUGCCGCGAUGAACGAUGCGCUGAGUCAAGGUCGUUGGCCGCUGGGGAAUCUGCCUGAGGGUCACGAAUACCUCCUCGUUCUCCCCGCAAAGACUACAAAAUGA